UCUAAGAAAAUGAGUAAACAACAGACAAGUCUCUAUUCAGUGCUGCUGCUUUGCGGGUUUCUAGCUUUGGUUGAGUGUCGGCAUCCUUUCGAUUUCUUUGAAGAGAGCUUUGAAGAUUUUGAGCACUGUCUUCAAAGCAAUAACAUCACCCAUGCUGAGUACGAAGCAUUUGAAUCGUUCGGCAACAAGGAAAACUUGCUUAAAGGUAAAGUCGAGGCGAAAUUCAAGUGCAACAUUGACUGCCAAUUGCAAAAGCAACCGAUAAAAUGGUUGAAUCAACAGGGUCGAAUGGACCUGAAGCUAAUGAAUGCCACAACUGAGGCUGCUGAAUCCAUCACCAAUUGCAUGAAAGAUGCGCCUAGUGAGCAGUGCUCCUAUAGCUUCAAGCUGGUUAUAUGCGCCUAUUUGGCAAAUCAUCCCGUGGUUGAUUAUGAAUACAACGAGGAGUCGUUAUUCGAAUUGCCAGCUGAUGACUAUGAGUAUCAGACGGAAGAGACUCAUGAAACUGUUAAUAAUGCCAACAAUAUAUUGAAUGUAUUGCAAAUAAAUAUACCCAAUUAAUUAAAUAAA